AUGGCCAACUACCCGGCACCGAACCGCCGUCCAGGCCCGCCUCUCCAACAGGACUAUGACAGCCCCCCAAACUCGGGCAGCUACCAGCGCGAUGCUGCCUUCUCCAACAUCUUCGGCGCCGCGCCUCCACCCGGCCGCUCGCAGACCAUGACCUCCAUGUCUGCCCCUGACAUGUCCCAACAGCAGCACCGGCCACAGCAACAUCCUCAUCACCUUCGUCAACAACCGCCGCCGCCGCCGCAGCAGCAGCAGCAACAAUACCAUCAGCAGCAACAGCAGCAUGGCGCCCCAUAUGAUGCCGGUGAUCGGACAAUGUCCCUUCGGCAAGGUCCUCCGCCACCACGGGGCCCUCCAGGGGGUGGCUACAACCGCAACUACGGCCCUGAUCCCAUGAUGUCGCAAAGAACAAGGACCAUGGACUCCAGCGUAGCACAGAGCAUGGCCGGCGGGGCGGGCAACGGGUACUUCCCGCGCGGUGGCCUGCGGUCUGUGUCGGGUGGCCCACCCAUGCCAUCACCGCAAGCACAAUAUUUGCAGCAGCAGCAACAGAUGCGCCGUUACCCAGGACAGCAAGCCCCUCCGCCGCGAAUGGACUCCCGUGGUCCUGCACCUCCGCCGCAACCGGGUAUGGCCGGACGCCAAGUACCACCGGGACCGCCAGGCGGUGGCCAGGGCGGCCCCAACGGCCGCCCCAUGCAGCCACCACCGCAGGAUGGCUACGCCAACAUGCGGUCACCAACACAACGUUUUUUCCAGGGCGACGGGCCCGCCCCAGCCAUGAAUUCGGAUCCGUACCGAUCGCAGUCUCUCGCCAGCGCCCCUCGCCCUAACGCCCAGGCUAUGUACCACCCGCCACCAAAUACCUACCAACAAGCGUCUGCAAACGCUUUCCGCAACGCACAAUAUACUGGCGCCAACGGCAGCGCUGCUCCCGGCAACUUUCCCCAGUCCCGCACCACGGCACAAGGUCGUGUCGUGCCUGACCGCCAUCCGGCAGACGAGCGCACGAUGACCAUGUCCGGCGGAUUCCCAGCCAUCUCCGAGCACCGUGACUCGCAUCAGACAAUGAGCGGACGUGUGAUCCCCAACCGCAGAAUGCCCAGCGGCGGUGCCGGUGGCGGCAGCGGCAGCAUCGACUCCACGAAUGGCCAUGCCCACUCCAACAUGCCGGCCGCACCGGGUACGCAGACGAGGACGACGAGCAUGGCGUCAUCGACGACGAAUGGGUACGGCGCCAACAACGCGGCCGACCACCAGCGCACCAUGUCGAUGGCGUCCACAGUUGCGCCGUCUGUGGCGGCUAGCGACCGCACCAUUGUGCCCUCAUCAUCCCGGACUUCCAUGUCCAACCGCGGCUCCCUGACACGCUCCGUGGACGGUGACCGCCCACCAACGGCUAAGAUCCGCCCGCCACUUGUCUAUCCGGCGAUGCUCUCCCGUGUUGCAGAGGUCUUCCGCGAAAAGAUUGUCAUUGGCGACCGCACAAAGAACGAGCUGUCCUACAAAAACGCAUUCAGCGGUGCCGAAGCGGUGGACGUUCUGUCUUUUAUUAUCCGCACAACGGACCGCAACUUGGCCCUGCUACUCGGCCGUGCCCUUGAUGCCCAAAAGUUCUUCCACGACGUAACGUACGAGCACCGCCUGCGCGACUCGACCAACGAAAUGUAUCAGUUCCGCGAGAACCUCGACGAGAUGAACAACGACGAAACCAGCUCCCAGACCACCAGCAGUGGCUCGCAAGUCAACGGUGUCUUUGUGCUGCUGUCUGAGUGUUAUUCGCCUACGUGCACGCGUGACCAGCUGUGCUACUCGAUCGCCUGUCCCCGCCGCCUUGAGCAGGUCUCGCGCCUCAACCUCAAGAUGGGCCCUGGCCUACAGGGCGCAUCCAGUGCCACAGCCAUGGUGGGCGAAGAUGAUGUCGAUGUCACCGAUGAGCAGAAGUUGUGGAUAAACUCCGUGCCGAAGGAGGUGGCCGACAGCAUCAGCGACCGGGAGAAGAAGCGCCAGGAAGUCAUUUCCGAAAUCUGCUACACCGAGCGCGACUUCGUCAAGGAUCUCGACUAUCUCCGCGACUUUUGGAUUCUGCCGCUGCGCGCUCCCAACUCGCCCAUCCCUGCCGCACGCCGCAUGCGUGUCGUAAACACAAUCUUCAGCAACAUUGUCGACCCACCGUCCAUCCGUGCCGUCAGUGCCCGCUUUGCCAAGUCGCUGACGGAGCGCCAGCAAAAGAACCCAAUUGUGCACAACGUCGGCGAUAUUUUCCAGGAGUUUGUGCCGCAGUUCGAGCCGUUCAUCCGCUACGGUUCGCGCCAGCUCGAAGCCAAGUACGAGUUUGAAAACGAGCGCAGCAACAACCAAGCCUUUGGCCGGAUGGUCGACGAAAUUGAGCGGCGGCGUGAGUCCCGCAAGCUCGAGCUCAACGGUUACCUCACCAAGCCCACCACGCGCCUGGCCCGUUAUCCGCUGCUUUUGGAGAACGUGCUCAAGUACACCGACCCGGACAACCCGGAUCAGAAGGACAUCCCUCGUGUGCUGACCAUCAUCCGCGACCUGCUGAGCCGUGUCAACGCCGAGUCCGGCAAAGCCGAGAACCGCUUCAACCUGCGGCGCCUCGACGAGCAGCUCGAGUUCCGGCCCAACGAAAAGGUCGACCUCAAGCUGCGCGAGGCGAACCGCGAGCUCGUGUUCAAGAGUCAGCUCAAGAAGGCGCCAGCCGACCCGCCAGAUAUUGUGGCGUACCUGCUCGACCACGCCGUGCUGUUGGUGCGCACAAAACAGGUCGGCAAGGUCGAGAAGCUCAAGGCCUACAAGCGGCCCAUCCCGCUGGAACUUCUCGCCAUCAAGGAAAUGGACGAAGUCAUCCCCAAGACCGGAUCCGUCAAGCGCUCGUCAAGCAGUCUCCUGCCUCUGCGCAACAACAACGCGGAUGCCCGGCGUGGCGAAGGCUGGCCCAUCACGUUCCGCCAUUUGGGCAAGGCUGGCUACGAGCUGACCCUGUAUGCGGCAAACCAAGCGGCGCGCCAGAAGUGGCUCGAGUUCAUCGACACGGCGCAGCAGCGCCUGCGCGCCCGCGCGGAUUUCCUCAAUGUCACAGUGAUCCCGACCAAGUUCACGACGGCCAUGAACAAGAUCAACUGCGCGGCGCCGUUUGACGGCGGUCGGAAGCUGAUUUACGGCACGGACAACGGCAUCUAUGUGGCCGACCGUAAGGCACGCGAGCCGAUGCUGCCGCGGCGCGUCAUUGAGGCGCAGGCCGUCACGCAGGUGGACAUCCUGGAGGAGUAUUCGCUGCUGCUGGUGUUGUCGAACCGCACGCUGCUGUCGUUCCCGCUGGCGGCACUCGACCCCAACGAGCCGCUGCUGGCGAAGCGGCCCAAGAAGAUCCAGAGCCACUGCACGUUCUUCAAGACGGGGAUCUGCCUGGGGCGGCACCUGGUGUGCUGCGUCAAGUCAUCCGCUCUAUCGACGACCGUCAAGGUCUACGAGCCCAACGACGCCAUGUCCAAGGCGAAGAACAAGAAAGGCUUAAGCAAGAUGUUCAACGCCGGCCAGGACGAGCUCAAGCCGUUCAAGGAAUUCUACAUCCCGACCGAGUCCACGUCGAUCCACUUUCUUAAGUCGAGUCUGUGUGUCGCGUCGGCGCGCGGCUUCGAGGUGGUGUCCCUGCUCACGCUCGAGACGCAGUCGCUGCUUGACCAGGCCGACACGUCGCUCGACUUUGUGGCGCGCAAGGAGAACGUACGGCCGAUCCACAUUGAGCGGCUCAGCGGCGAGUUCCUGCUCAACUACUCCGAGUUCUCCUUCUUUGUCAAUCGGAACGGCUGGCGCGCUCGGCCCGAGUGGCGCAUUGACUGGGAGGGCAGCCCGGCGAGCUUUGCGCUGUCAUACCCGUGGAUUUUGGCAUUCGAGCCCAACUUUAUCGAGCUGCGCCACAUUGAGACAGGCGCGGUGCACAUUGUGCCGCACAAGAACAUCCGGAUGUUGCAUAGCAGCAAUCACGAGAUCAUCUUUGCGUACGAGGACGAGCGCGGCGAGGACGUGGUCGAGGCGCUCGACUUUUGGAAGAGCCAACGACGUUCGGAGAUGCCGACGCUGCCUGCCGCCGCGCCCGACGCGCAGGAGCGCGGUUCGGCCUCGACCGCGGGCACGACACGGUUGUCGCAAUAA